ACCAUUUUUAAACGAGCGUUUGAUUUUAGGCCGCGAAGUAGCUUUGAGCUUGGAUUGGAUUGGUUGCUCCAAGAGCAGUGACACACUGCCUCCAUUUCAAUAUUUAAUUUUCAACACACUGUAUCUGUAUGCCUAUUGCGAAACGCACAUUCAUUGGUUCUUUCACACACAUUCCCCUUUCGCCGAUUUCAAACCUCCACUCACGGCGGCGCCGGUUAUUUUUCCAUUCUUCCAAUUCCAUGGACAAUAACAACCAAACCGAAACUGUUCGAAAUCACGUGCAUUACAACCACACCGAUCCUUCCAAAUACGCUAGAUGGAACGCUAGAGAGAGCUUCGAAUUCAUGUACGCAAGACCUUGGCAACGAGUCAAUGAUUUUUACUUGAAUACUGUUCGUGGAAACUUCUCUUUUCCCCUUCUAUUUCAAUCUAAGACCCUUCCUAAUCUCGACGAUUCUGGAGUUCCAGUAGUUUUUGAUGAGGUUGAGUUGGAAAGUGGUUUAUCCAAAGAUCGCAGUGGGAAGUGGGCAAGGUUCAAUUUCAAAAUUGUUCUUUCGUAUCACGGGGGUUCUUUUGAUGGGUGGCAAAAGCAGCCAAAUUUGAAUACUGUCCAAAGCAUAGUAGAAGCGGCACUUGGUAAAUUUGUUGAUGAAAAUAAAAUUCAACUGCUCAAGGACAAAGGUCUUCCUAUUGAAGGCUGUGCUGCUGUUGCUGGUCGAACAGACAAAGGAGUGACAGCCCUUCAACAAGUUUGUUCUUUCUACACUUGGAAGAAGGAUAUUAAGCCAAGAGAAAUUGAAGAUGCAAUAAAUGAUGCGGCACCAGGAAAGUUAAGGGUUGUGUCUGUACAGGAGGUAUCGCGUGCCUUUCAUCCAAACUUUUCUGCCAAAUGGAGGCGUUACCUAUAUAUUUUCCCACUCACCGAUGGAUGGGAUAAGGACCAAAACGGCGGCAAUGAGGAGUCCUGUGACAGUCUUAUAUAUAAUGAAAUUUGUGAUUCUGUCAGCAAGGAUGAGUUAGGAGAUGAAAAUAAAUCUUUUGUGUUCAGUGUAAGUAAGGUAAACCGGCUUUUGCAAAAAUUAGAAGGAAAAUUGCUGUCCUACAAGAUGUUUGCUCGUGAUACGAAAGCUUCAAGAAAUGACGGUCCACCAACAGAGUGUUUUGUUCACCACGCUCGAGCUAUGGAAGCCAGAUUGCCUAUAACUGAGAAUGGAGAAGAAACGAGGGUUAUGUGCAUUGAGUUGGUCGCUAAUCGCUUUUUACGCAAGAUGGUUAGAGUUCUUGUGGCAACGACAAUUAGGGAAGCUGCAGCUGGUGCUGAAGAUGAUGCCUUGCUAAAGCUUAUGGAUGCCACAUGUAGGCGCGCCACCGCUCCUCCAGCACCCCCCGAUGGCCUAUGUCUAGUUGAUGUAGGGUAUGCAGAAUUUGACAAAGAAAAAUGCUUCAUUCUGAAAGACUAGAGCUUUGUUAAGAAGCUGUAGAAAAGUUUAUUUAAAUGAAAAGUUCAUUUUUUAAAUGACUCUUAAGGGUCAAUAUUAAAUGAGUCUACAGAUAUUGUAUUUUUUUUUUUGUAUACAUGCAAAUUAUUCUAUAAUUCCAAUUUUUUAAGUUAGUUUCUAAAAUAUGUAUUUGAUAGGAAGCACAUGAAAACAAAUUUUAUAAUGUUAAUCAUAAAAUUAAUUUCAUAAUGUUGUUUGGAUGUUUUUGAUA